AUGCUUUUUUUGUUGGUUGUGUUCUCUGUGGCAGUGAGAAUGUCUAUGAAUGAAGAGGGUUAUGUGGUGCGGAUCAGAGGACUUCCCUGGUCGUGCACACAGGAGCAGGUGGCCAGUUUCUUUUCUGACUGUGACAUUGUUGGAGAAGUAAGUGGAGUGUGUUUCACCUACUCAAAAGAAGGCCGCCCCAGUGGUGAAGCAUUUAUUGAGCUGAAAACAGCAGAAGAUUUCAAGAACGCUCUUGCCAAGGACCGUAAAUACAUGGGGCACAGAUACAUAGAGGUGUUCAAGUCGAACCGUAGUGAGAUGGACUGGGUGCUGAAGCGUAGUGGUCCUGCUGACUACGACAGCUGCAGCGGCUGCAUGCUGAGAUUAAGAGGGCUUCCUUUUGGCUGCAGCAAGGAGGAGAUCGUCCAGUUCUUCUCAGGGUUGAGAAUCGUGCCAAAUGGGAUUACUCUGCCAGUGGACUACCAGGGGAGGAGCACAGGGGAAGCCUUCGUGCAGUUUGCCUCAAAGGAGAUAGCAGAAAAGGCUCUGGGGAAACACAAGGAAAGAAUAGGGCACAGGUACAUAGAGCUCUUUAAGAGCAGUCGGAAUGAGAUCAGAGCAUACUAUGAGCUUCCCCGAAGGGGAAUGGGGGCGCAGAGACCGGGACCCUAUGAUAGACCCAUGAUGUCAGGCCCAAGGGGAGGAUUCUUUGGACCCGGGCCUGGCCGUUGUGGACCUAUGAUGGAUAAUAUGAGGAGUGGUGGUGGUGGUUAUGGAGGAGGGUACAGUGGCUUUGACGGCUACAAUGGACUCAGCAACUACUGUUUUGGCAAUGGAAUGUUUGAUGAGCGAAUGAGAGGAGACAGGGGUGGAAGAGGAAUGGGAAACCACGUUUAUGGUGGACAGUGUGAUGGGGGUUCAGGUUUUCAUAGUGGGCAUUUUGUCCACAUGAGGGGUUUACCUUUCCGGGCCACAGAGGGAGACGUUGCUAAAUUUUUCGCUCCUUUGACUCCGAUGGGAGUGCACAUUGACGUGGCGCCUAACGGGAAGUCGACUGGAGAGGCAGACGUAGAGUUUCGUUCUCAUGAAGACGCAGUGGCAGCUAUGUCCAAAGACAAAAAUCACAUGCAGCACCGUUACAUUGAGCUGUUCUUGAACUCCACAGCCAGUGGGGCCGCUGAAAUGAGUCGUGGCGGGUGUGGUUACUAUGGUAACUCAGGAGGCGGAUGCUCACGGGGCAGCAGCAUGCGAGGUUCAUACUGA